GGUGACUGAUAUCUUGGACAAGUACCAUGGCCAGGCUGGGAAGAAGUUAUGGGAUGCCAAGCAUGAGAACCUCAGCAAUGAAGUGGAUAGAGUCAAGAAAGACAACGACAGCAUGCAAGUCGAGCUCAGGCAUCUGAAGGGGGAGGAUAUCACAUCUUUGACCCACAAAGAGCUGAUGGCCUUAGAAGAGGCACUUGAAAAUGGCCUUGCAAGUAACCGGGACAAGCAGUCCAAGUUCGUCGGCAUGCUCAUAGAAAAUGGAAGAGCACUGGAAGAGGAGCAUAAGCGCCUCACUUAUGAGCUGCACAAACAGGAGAUGAAAAUUGAAGAGAAUGUGAGAGAGUUGGAAAAUGGGUAUCAUCAGAGGUUGGGGAACUACAACAACCAGAUACCGUUUGCCUUUCGUGUUCAGCCUAUUCAGCCAAAUCUGCAGGAGAGAAUGUAAUGCAUCUAUAUCUUCAUCUGUCAGGAAAUGCUAUCAACUUUCCAUGGUUUGUAAUAGUAGAAGCUUUCGUAUUAAGCUAAGUAAUUUGUGAAACUUGUAAUAAUUAAGGUGUGUGCAUGAACUUUGUUUGUGGAAUAAUCACUGUUUUGUUUGCUACAAAAUUACCUAAUUAUAUAUGUUUGCCUAUAUAUA